AAAAAAAAAAACGUAUCCUGAUGGGGGAACCAACUUCAACACAGCACCUGCAAUCAAAAAACCGUAAUAGGAUACAGUAAAUAAGUUGUUGUAACCAUAGUGGAUUUAUUCAAGAAAACUGUAAGAAGUGUUGAACGUUUGACGUAAAAAAAAAAAAAACGAAUGGACAAAGACUUCAUGGACGUCUGAGUUUGCAGUUCAUUAAUAAAGAUACGCGUCAGAACUUGUGGAAUAACAUGUCCGUACACUUAUUAAUAGUGCACUACCUACUGUAGGGUGAAACUAGUGCACUUCUAUAGAGACUAGACGAAAGAGUUUGGGACUGUGCUCUUGGCAGGAAAGCAACAAAACAUCACCGGCACAGUUGCUUUCGUUUUCUUCAAACCGAGACUGAACCAAUCAAGGAAACGGAUGAGAAAAUGGCGAGUCUGGUAUCGAACCACAUCCUGAAGGUUCUCUGUAAUAACCGAUGCUGUUUGGAGUUCCAGCAGCUCGACGCGUUUUUACGGCAGACUUUCACGGUGGAUGAGCAGUUACUGCGGCGCGCGCUUCUUACCGGCGAGAGCUUCCGUGUUGUGGACGAGAAAUCGACCGGGCGCGCGCUCAGCCCCGGGGCUUUAAUUAUUGCGCGAACUGCGCUGCGCGUGUGUAAAAACCCAGAGAAAUGCGCGCGCUGCGAGGAGCUGCACUUGUGCCGAUAUCUAGUGUGUGGGAACUGCAGAUUCGGGAAUAAAUGCAAAAAUUCCCAUGAUCUAAAAUCUCCACAUAAUUCUGCUGUCCUGAUAAACAAGAAUCUUCAGUUCCUUGAAGAGGCACAAUUGUUUCAACUUCUGCUAUUGAAUGAUCCUUCUCUUGCUCCAGAGGUUUGUUCCCACUAUAAUAAGGGAAAUGGAGAACAUGGAAGCUGUAAAUAUCAGACUUCCUGCACCAGUCUGCAUGUCUGCCAGCACUUCCUACAGGAUGACUGUAAAUUUGGAGCUGCUUGCAAACGAGCUCAUAAUUUUGAUGCAACUGCCAUGAAAAUUCUGAAUGGCAGAGGUUUCAGUCCAGAAAAUAUUCGCAACCUUCAGAAAAUAUACAAAGCUAGGUUUCUUCUCACCGAUCAAACUGAGAAACCUGUGCCCAAAGGAGCAGAAAAAGAUUUUACCCGGGUCUCUUCUUCAUCAGACAAACAAGUGACAAGGCAGCACUCCAGCAGUUCAGUGAGUGAGGCGGACCGCAACGAAAUCUGCCUCUUUUUCGUACGCAAGGGAUGUAGUUUCAAAGAGAAAUGCAUCAGAGUUCAUCAUGCUCUACCUUAUAAAUGGGAGAUUUUGGAUAAUGAUGGAAGCACAUGGAAACAAUUUCCCAAUGAAGAGGAUGUUGAGAGGGCCUACUGUAAUCCAGCUAAUGACAAAAGCAUUGGGCCUCUGCCUGUGGACUUCACUUUAAUGCUGUGUGGGGGGAAACAAAUUCGUCGUCUAUCCACAGCGUCCUCUGUUACCAAACCCCCUCACUUCAUCCUGACCACUGAGUGGCUUUGGUACUGGAAGAAUGAGAAAGGGCAGUGGAUUGAAUACGGCCAGGGGAAAGAUGAAAAACCUAUCACAUCAAAGUCCUUAGAGAAUGUUUACCUCUCUGAAAUUGAAGAAAUUCCUUUCAGUGUGGGUGGGAAUGAUUAUGUGCUCCACAUAAAAAAAAUGUAUCAGCAAAACUUAAAGUACAAAACAAAACGAGAGGUGCGACGGAGGCCUCGAUUCAUUUCAGCUCAAGAUGUUAAUGGGAAAUCAAAAAGUGAUGCUCAAGACACCCCAUGCUCCUCCUCAGUGGAAUUUCCUGGUCACUGGGAUAAAAAUGCUCUGCCCAGCUUCUCCUACAAGAUUGUUCCUCUGCCAAGCUCUGCACCUGAUUACAAUGCAGUAACCUCAUUGUUCAAACGGACAAUGUCGUCAAGCACCAUACACAGCAUCAAGAGGGUGCAAAAUCCAUCAGUCUGGAGAGUUUUUCACUGGCAGAAAGAACAGAUGAAGGAGAGGAAUGCAGGGAGGGAGAUAGAUGAGCGUUACCUCUUCCAUGGCACAGAUAAAUCUCUAAUAGAGGCCAUCUGUGAACAGAAUUUUGACUGGAGAAUUUGUGGUGUCCAUGGAUCACUUUAUGGCAAAGGAAGUUACUUCGCUAGAGAUGCCAGGUAUGCGGAUAGAUUCGCCAAAUCCAAAGCCGGCUAUAAGAUGAUUUUUGUUGCACUUGUCCUUGUUGGAGAAUUUACCCAAGGAUCCAGCAGUUUGGUCCGACCUCCACAGAAGAGCUCCAGUACAGGGUUUUAUGAUAGCUGUGUGGACAAUACAAGCAACCCAGCGAUUUUUGUCAUCUUUGAGAAGUAUCAGAUCUAUCCAGAGUACAUCAUUGAAUACUCUUAAAGCUCCAGGCUGGUUUGUAAUUCCAAACAUCGUAAAUAUUUCCUUUUUUUUUUAGGUUUAAUCCUAUAAACAAAAAAAGCUUAAUGGUAUUGUAAUACUGCACAUUUGCACUUGAUGCGCUUACAGUAAGUAAUGUGGUCACUUAGUGUUAGAGUAAUUAUUUAAAGUAGUUAUAAAUCAAAAUAGGUCUAUGGUUUAUUGAUGCAUCUCUAGUCACCUUUCAUACUGUAUAAGUCUAUUCCUCUUCUCUUUACACAGUUUUUCUGCUUAAAUACAAUUUAUUUAAGCAGGAUUAAUGCAGGUUAAAUCAAAAUGUAAAGCUAUUAUGUCAGGAUAAAUUGCAGAAAGAUUUUUUUUUUUUUCAUAGAAACUGGCAUUACUAGCCUCACCCAGUGCUCUUAUUUAAGCUGAUGUUGGUACAUCUUUAUCAAGUUAUUCUUGCACCUUGCUUUAACCAGGCUUUUUUUUAAACAUGUCCAAAAAAAGGCAGCGCCGCAUCAAAGGAGACAAUACUACACCCAUACCGUUUUCUACUGCGUUUUUGUGGACAUACUGUAGUGGGGACACGGCUGUGUGACGGGGUUAUAUUUUUAACAAGAUUGUAGAGUCUGUGUUAAAGACAAAGAGUAAGGGUGUAUUCAGAACACUGAAUUGUGUUAUGAAGUUUUUAUGGACAUGUUGUGAGAUUCACUAAGCUUCAUGAAUACAUUUUACUCUCUAAA